AUGGAUCGUUCACAACCACCUGACAAAAACCCACGACCCUGGCUGAAUCCAUCUGAGAGCUCCGGAUCGCUUGCUCCAAGUUCGUACCCGACACCGAACUCUUUCUCGACAUCGGCGUCCUCCCAAGCCGCCCCAUCUUUCCAAUUAGAUCCCGCGCCCUCCUCGUCCGUUCCUGGCUCAACUCCCGGCACAGCGGUGCCUAAAGUAGCCAUCCCUCGGUUAGCUCCCAGCGAUGUAUCGCAUGGCCGUCGCCGGUCAGCGCGCGCGUGCGAACCUUGCCGCCAGCGCAAAAUUAAAUGCGACGGGCUGCGGCCGUCAUGUUCGCAAUGCAUCUACCACCACCAACAGUGUGUAUACGAGGACGUGAAAAGAGUGCGCGACCAAAAGCGACUGGGGCUACUGGCCAAGCGAGUGGAAGCGUAUGAAUCUUUACUCCGAGAUCUUGAGGACGAGGUGGACCUCGAAACAGCCCGAAAGAUCCGGAGAACCAUGAAGAACCCUGGGAAACCAAGCCCUAAGCAUGACGACGGCUCCGAUUCGGAUUCCUCAAUGGGCUCCCUCGAGGCUAUCGACCAGGUAGACGAGGACCUGAACCGAAGCGAGGGCACGCGCGCCGCCGGCUUUUUCGGAAAGAACUCGGAGAUCCAGUGGAUGCGCAAGCUGGAGACUGAUAUGCAUAUGCAAAGCCCUGGCGGCGCUGCACCCUUUCUCCAUCCUGGUAGUAGCCAACAUUCGUCAUUCACGCAGCGGCCACAGAUGGAAAGGACCCCGUCGACUUCGAUGAUGGACUAUCAUCUUGACAAUCUGGAGAUCCCGAUGGUCGAACCGUGCGAUCCAUUUGCUGUGCCGCCGCGCGAACUUGCAGAUUGCUAUUUCAGCGCCUUCCUGACCUAUGUUCAUCCGACGUUUGGCGCCAUUCGUUUGAAAACCUUCAUUUCACAGUACCAGAAGUUUGUCGAAAACACUUUAUCGCCACCUGUGAAAUGGUUGGCGAUUCUGAACAUGAUCUUCGCGAUUGGCUGUCGCUAUACCCGUCUUGUAGGCAAUCCUGACUCGAACGAAGAGGACCUUAUUUUUUUGACGCGUGCGCGCCAUCUCGGCUUGCAUGGUAAUGUUCUUUUCGAGCAUACCGAUCUCCAGCAGAUCCAGCUGGAAUUACUAGUCGCUGUAUAUCUUCUCUGCCUGGGACAAAUCAACAGGGCCUCCAAAUUCUCCAAUAUGGCUCUCCGCUCCGCGCUAUCACUGGGGAUCAAUCUCCGAUUGACAGAUAACCGAACAGAAGACUCCGCAAAGGAGGCCCGUGGUCGUCUUUGGUGGUCCAUCUAUUCGAUGGAACACAUAUUAACAUCUAUGACUGGGCGCGCCUCCUGUGUAGGCGAGGGCCUUUGUUCUGUGCCACCUCCCCUCCCUUGCGAGGAAGAGUUUUUCAAUCAUCCUAUAAUCCAACAGCUUCUGCAAGAUACAAAUCUCCGUGAAUCUCAAUUGACUCCUACCUUGUUUGAAACGUCCACUCAGAUCACUUCACCGGCUUGGAUAUCCUCAUGUCUUCCCUGUCCAUCCCUCUUCUUCCACUUCCUGGUCGACCUCAAUCUCAUCACCCAUGCACUGAUGAACAAAGUUUACUCCAUCGAAGGCCUUCGUAAAGGGCCCUCUCAGAUCGAGUACCAUGUAUCCAAAUUCGGCAUCCGAAUGGACCGUUGGCUAGACAAGGUCCCUUCAUUUUAUCAAUUCACCUUACCCGAAGCCGGCCCCUGGCACCUCAACCACCCCAAGCUCGACGACAUCUCCGCACCUUUCGUCCGCGAAAGCGUCUGUCUAGCCAUGUCCUACUACUCCGCCCGAAUCACCCUCUGCAGACCAUGCCUAACCCACAUCCACACCCAAUCCUCCCAGCCACGCUCCCCAGAAACAAGCGGCACGCCUCGCGCGCAAUCGCGCGCCGAAAUGGCAACGCAAUGUCUCCAGGCCUCGUGCGCCAUGAUCUCCAUACUCCCUGACGAACCCAACAUGUCCUGGCUGGCCCGCACAGCGCCAUGGUGGGGCGUUCUCCACUACCUGAUGCAGGCAACGACUGCACUCCUUCUUGGUGUUUCAUAUUGCUCAUACGCGCGUAUGAAGAGUCCACGUAGCCCGGAUGCGACACCUGGCUCCCCUGCGAUACCGGCCAUUUACCCCCCUCUUCUGGAGACGGAUAUGAGCAUAGCGAUUGCGUCAGCGAGGAAGGCAAUGCAAUGGCUUCAUGCGACUGCUUCUCUGGAUCCGGCUGCGAGGAAGGCGUUCGUGAUUUGUGAGGGCGUUGUGAAGAAGAUUGCGCCGGGGCUUGAUAUUGAUUUGCGGGAUUGGCCUAAUGGGAGUCGCUUUGUUGAAGCGAUUCGGUCGAGUCGGGCUUCGAGUGGGAAUGGAAACAGCAAUGGGAAUAGGGACGAUGGGAAUGGGAACGGCAGGGAAAGUGGUCACGAUAGUGGCAGUGGCAUGGAAGCUUUCGAGGAGUUGAUUGAUUUUGAGGGUGGUGUUUUGUAG